AUGGAGUUCGGUGAAGAAAGCCCCUGGAAAUACGAUGAUAAAGAACAAACAAAUGUGAACUUACCAGUGGGAUUUUCGUUCGACGAUGAUGAUGGUGAUGAUGGUGAUGAUGAAGACGAUUGUCCCCAUGCCUCCCCACGGAUCUCCUCUGUGUCUGCAGUAUCAUUCCCAGUUUGCCCCAUGAGCCCCGAGACGCCAUACACACGGUCUCCCUUGCACAGAAACUCACCAUCUCCACUUUUCUUAUAUGACUGCUUAGCAUCACUGCAUUUCAGUAAAGGUAGCAUUCUUUCUAUAGCGGUCACAAAAGACUCGAUUUUUACGGGCUCAUCCACGAGUAAAAUUCACGCAUGGAAAUUACCAGAAUGCAUGGACAUGGGUUGUGCUAAAACCCCGUCUGGUGAAAUUCGUGCCAUGUCAGCUCAUGGUAAAACGCUUUUCACCACACAUGGCGACUGCAGAACACGCGCGUGGGAAUUUUCACCGGCACAAAAAUUCCGGCUAAAGAAGAAAGCAACUUUGCCCCCGAGAAGAAAAUCAUUCUUCCCAUUUUCAAAGAAGGGUAAUAAUAAUAAUAAUAAUAAUAGCACUCACUGGCAUAAUAAAGUCUCUGUCUCGUGCCUAGCCUACGACACCAAUGAGGAACUUCUGUUCAUGGGCUCGGCCGAUCAAACAGUCCACGUGUGGAAAAUCUUAGAGAAAAAAUGCACAGAAUCAUUUAAGGCCCACGAAGGCCGUGUUAGUGCAAUCGUGGUGAACCAACAAGAUAGGUGUGUAUUUACUUGUUCGUGUGACGGGACACUGAAAAUGUGGAGAAGGGUUUAUAGAGAAAGCUCGCAUAUUCUAAUUAUGGUGCUCAUGUCCCAACCAUGUCCGAUUAAUGCCUUGGCUCUAAGCUCAUCUCCUAAUGACUGCUAUCUGUACUCAGGGUCAUCUGACGGGAUCAUUAACUUUUGGGGAAAGGAGAUAAUUUCUGGGAGGUAUAAUCACGCAGGGUUCUUGCGUGGUCAUCAUUUUGCCAUUCUUUGCCUGGCUACUAUAGGUCGUUUGAUCCUUAGUGGUUCGGAGGAUGCAACUAUACGUAUAUGGAAACGAGAGCAUGGAAGUCCUUUGCAUUCGAGCCUUGCGGUUAUCGACGGUCAUCAUGGACCGGUCAAGUGCUUAGCCGCAGUUAUGAAAAGUGAUUAUGAAAAUUUGGGGGGGAUUUUAGUGUGUAGUGCCAGUCUAGACCAAACGCUUAAAGUAUGGAAAGUCAAAGUUAGUGAUUCCUAA